AUGCCUGGGUUCCUGAGCCUUCCACCAGAGAUCAUCCUUUGGGUAUACUGCAGUCUCGACUCUAUCGCCGAUGCAUACUUUCUUUCUCAGACGUGCAAGCAGGCCUACCAUGUCUUCAGCCGAUUACAGAGCCAGCCAAAGAUAUUCGAAUCAAUUAUAAAUAAUGCAAUACAAGGCGCUGCCCCCACCCAAUCCUGGCUGGAAGCACAGUUUGGUCCCGGAUCACUUUGGCGACCAAAGGAGGCUGAUCUUCCAGUGGAUCUGACAGACAAAGCGGCCCGAGAAUUCCUCCUUAACAUCGGGUUUCCUUCAAUCAAGCUCCCCCGCAUGGGGUUUGAGUCUACCCAUUUAAGAGAGUUUGCCCCCGGGGGGUGUAGCUUUUAUGGGUAUACGGGCGAAGAGCUCUAUGGGAUACACGAUCCUGAAGACGAAGUACCUGCUUUAAGCUUUUGUUUCGGAGAAAUAAAUAGCCAGCUAGUCAUGCUGGUGAAUGAGAAUGGCCGUGUAUUCUUUUAUAAUCCAGAUAGCUAUGAUUAUUUAGGGCGUGACAGAGGUCCAGUCGCACGAAGGCUGGAUAGUCUUGCCGUGCUAUUGGGGAUGGUGGUCGCCGUAACCAAGGAUCUACGUGAAGCCCCAUCAGAUAUCUCUCUGGAGGAAUUGGAGCGCCGGGUCGAGAUCCUUAAAAGGCCUCUUGAUGUAUUGCGGGAAAAAAUGAGGCGCCAUGACCUUUAUGCGGAUGAGGAUGCCGAGUUCUGGAAUGACAUAUUCUCGGAUUUGUUGGAUGAUUGGGACUUGCGGGAUUAG